AUGUACUAUAAUCAACCUAAUCCAGUUUACGUCUUUGUUCCUUGCUAUAUUCCUUACUAAAUCCCUCCUGUUCCUAAAUUUGAUUCAACAAAAGAAGAAUAACAUUCAGACAGUGAAAAAGAACAAACCAAAAUAAUUGAGGAAGAAGUCCACACCAAUGCUAGUGGCAUUGUUAGAGGCAAAGGCCAAUUGUGGACUGAGGAGGAAGUCAAUAAUUUAGUCUAAUAUUACAAAAAGUAUCAUGGGAAUUGGAAAUUCGUUAUCAAACAUCUAAAAGGAAGGAAUAUUUCCCAAUGUUCUUAAAAGUACAGAAAACUAAUGGAUUAAGAAAAGAGAACGAAAAAGAAAUGGACAGUUGAUGAAGAUAAAAUACUUCUUGAGUCCUAUGCUGAAUUUGGAAGGCAAUGGAUCAAGAUUAGUUAAAAAUUGCCAGGUCGUACUUCGAAACAAGUGAGAGAUAGAUAUGUCAAUUAAAUCAAUCCCACCAUCAAUCAUGAUCAUUGGACCGAUGAAGAGGAUGAGAUUAUUCUCGAAGAAUUCAAAUAAGGAGGAGCUAGAUGGGCAAUCAUUUCCAAAAAGCUCAAUAACAGAUCAGAAAAUCAAGUAAAAAAUCGAUUUUAUUACACAAUCUUGAAAAAAUACAAAGGAGAGUAACAUCCUUAUCUAAAAGUUCAAGAAUGAUUUGAUUUCUCUUAAAUUAAAGUGUUUUCUUAA